AAAUUUAAAUUAAAUUUUAAUUAAAUCAAAUUAUUUCCUUUAAAAUUCCUAUUCUAAUUUUUUUUAAUAAGGUAACUUUUUUUUCUUUAUUAUAUAAAUUGAAUUAGACCAAGACCUUUCCACAUGACCCCUCACCCUGGUAUAAAUUCCUAGCCGCCCAUGCUCGUCCUUCAAAGAGAAACAGCGUCUAGCAGAGUCGCAGGAUAUCGGUGGCAAAACGCCUCAGCAUCAUGGUAUUUUUCUGUUUUCUUGUUGAUCAGAAGCUGAAGGUGCACAGAAGCAAGCCGGCAGCAGGGAUUUGCUCCCGGUAGGGCAGCGGGCCCACGUGGCUGAUAUGAAGACUGCUACACGAUUCUGCUAUGUGCCCUUCUACUCGAAUUUCUUGGAAGGCAGUUAUCUGUACUUUCUGUGGCUUAAUUCUUCGAUCUUACCGAUGAUUGUAUAUUCAUGAGGACAAGCAUAUCGGUUCGUAUUUUUCUGAAGAUUUUGGUUAAUUUGUCGAUUUAUCAAGCUGCAACCUGCUAGUAUUCAUUAUGUACGGUCCCCCUUUUUUCCCUUCUACAAUAAAUAGUUUCGUCUCAU